CGACACGAUUUGCUGCGCGCUUCGGACGCACCGGAGGAGCCCCCUCGGCCUGCGAGCGCCAAGAGGACAGGGGUUAAAAUGAACGGAGACCCGAAGGUCAAUUUCAGCGGCUUGCUUCGGGAUUACUUAGAUGCCGGUGCUGCCACGGAGAACGUCUCGGCUGCUGUCUCCUCCCAGGUUCCCGUUGUAGAGCCAGAGCCAGGGCUCGUUGUCAACCCCUGGGACAUUGUCUUGUGUACCUCAGGAACUCUCAUCUCCUGUGAAAAUGCCAUCGUGGUCCUUAUCAUCUUCCAUAACCCCAGCCUGCGAGCACCCAUGUUCCUGCUGAUAGGCAGCCUGGCUCUUGCAGACCUGCUGGCCGGCAUUGGACUCAUCAUCAAUUUUGUUUUCGCCUACCUGCUCCAGUCAGAAGCCACCAAGCUGGUCACGAUUGGACUCAUUGUGGCCUCUUUUUCUGCCUCUGUCUGCAGCUUGCUGGCCAUCACCGUUGACCGCUACCUCUCCCUGUAUUAUGCUUUGACAUACCAUUCGGAGAGGACAGUCACUUUUACCUAUGUCAUGCUUAUCAUGCUCUGGGGGACCUCCAUCUGCCUGGGACUGCUGCCCAUCCUGGGCUGGAACUGCCUCAGAGACGAGUCCACCUGCAGCGUGGUCAGACCUCUCACCAAGAACAACACGGCCAUCCUUUCCAUCUCCUUCCUGUUCAUGUUUGCACUCAUGCUUCAGCUCUACAUCCAGAUCUGUAAGAUCGUCAUGAGGCACGCCCACCAGAUAGCCCUGCAACAUCAUUUCCUGGCCACCUCACACUACGUGACCACCCGGAAAGGGGUCUCCACCCUGGCCAUCAUCCUGGGGACAUUUGCUGCUUGCUGGAUGCCUUUCACCCUCUAUUCCUUGAUAGCUGAUUACACCUAUCCCUCCAUCUACACCUACGCCACCCUCCUGCCUGCCACCUACAAUUCUAUCAUCAACCCUGUCAUAUAUGCUUUCAGAAACCAAGAGAUCCAGAAAGCCCUCUGCCUCGUUUGUUGUGGCUGCAUCCCAUCCAGCCUCUCCCAGCGAGCACGGUCACCCAGCGAUGUGUAGAGCCUUCCACUUGCAGGCUACUGCGCACCCAGUGCUGCGUUUACCAAGCACUUCCACUGCCCGGCCAAUGGUUGAGAUGCUUUCUUUAAAUUCUUUAUACUGGAUUCUCUUUGGAGCCACAGGCACCCUUAGCAUUUGUGAAGCUUUCAGUCCCAUGAGUUAAGUAAUUGAAAUGAAAAUAAUGUUACCAGUGUUUUCACCCUUUUAAAAAUAUCAUUGAGUUCUUUGCUCAACAUUUUGUUUUGUUUUGUUUGGGAGUGGGGCGUUUGUUUUAUAUUUUAUCUGGAGGCAAGGUUUUUAUUUUAUAUUUUGUUUGGAGGGUUGGUGGUGGCUCAGAAAGGAAGGGAUAUAACAUAGCCAUGAUGUUAUAAAAAUGUAAACUGGUCCCAACUUUUUUAACCUGGACUUUAAAAUAAAACUGAGUUAUUGAGGAAAAUGAAGUUACUUUUCCCAGGCUUUUUCUUUUUCUAAAUGUCAAGGUAGAUUUUUAAUGCUGCAUGUAUCGAAUAGAAUACAAUCUCUUUCAAGCCAAUGAAAAUAUUUUAGAUGUUUAUGUUUGGAAGGGACUUGAUUUUGUUAAGAUGAACUCAGUAAUAAGUUACCAACACUGAAACUAAGAACCCAUUCUUAUUCAUACUUUUUUUACUUUCAGCUAUUACUUUUGACAAGAAUUACUCUGAUAUUUCUAUGACUGUUGUAAGUCUUUCUGCAUGGUUGCCUGUGUUAGCUAGCCCACUAGUUUCUAAUGUUGCCAUGUACCAAAAUCAAGUGGGUUUUUUUUCAACAUAGGU